ACGAGUCCGCCACUUACGACAAUUCUCCCGCAGCCGUCGAAACUAUUAAAAUGAGGUCACCUCGCGUUCGUAACAUUUACUUAGAAACUCGGGAGUUGCGUCUCCGUGCGAUCGUUUGACAUGACGAAGCUGAUGUAAGAAACGCUUUAGUUUUUCCCUCGUUGGUGGAUCUGAAUAAUCGCGAAGUGUUUUUUUUAUUCGCCCGUCACGAAAAUGGCGGUCGUUAUUACGAAGUGCGUGUUCGUAUUCGCCGUUUAUUCGUUUCGAACUGCGCUAUCAGCGGAGAUGUUUCUAGCACCCGAAGCCGGAAACGCUCUAUUACAUGAGUCUAGAGAUGCCUGCGUCGCGAAGGUCAUCAAGGAAGUUUCCAGUAAGCACGCCGCUUCCGCUGGUACCGCGGAUAAUAAACCUAAAGGAACAGUUCGAGAAAUGAUUAAGAACGAAGUCUAUCGAGCGAUUCUCCUGCAGACUUUCCUCCAUCACAGGGAAGCCCACCAGCAGCUCGUAGGAGCCUCGAAGUCCACCACCUCAGGAGGCGCAGAUUCCCUCCUACGGGAACACCUUCGUCACGUGACGGGACCUGACGCUGUUCACAAGGUCUUUAGGGACCUGACGGAUAACGAGGGAGUUCCCGUGACCUUGGGUUUACGAAAGGGUCGUGGGUCUUAUUCGCUAAACGCCACGGACAGUCCAGCGGGAAGGGUUCGAAGAAGCGACAAGGGCAUGAUGUACAUCCCCGUCGGAGGCACCAAGAAGGUACAGUGCCCGACGGCGGCCGACGCCGCGGGCAGCUCCCUGAUCCAGAUGGCGUUCCUCUCCAUCUUCCUGACGGUCUUCAGCAUCGUGGUCAACGUCAGCAACAACAUCAACAACAACAACAAUAACAACAACGUCAACACGGACAACAACCUCGCCAACAACAACGCCCAGUUGUCUCUCAACGUCAACAACGCCGCUCAAGUGAACGUCAUGCUGCCGCCUCCUAUUCCAGGGAGGAGGAGGAGGCGGGAGACCUCUUCUUCUUUUUCCUCCACCUCCUCCCCCUUCUUGAGGGACACCUGGAAGGAUGUGAGGAUGAAAGAAGCUGCUCUUAGCCUAGAUGAGAUGCUCGAGAGACUGAUCAGGGAAGAAGAGGAGGAGAAGGGUUUUGCCACUAGGCCUAAGAAUCCUCCUGCAAGGAGAACACCAAUGCAUGAUGGGAAUCCUUCUGGGAGGGAGGGCGGAGUUGAUGGAAGUACUACUGGAAGGAUAUCUAGUCUUAUUAGGGAUUAUACAGAUAAACCACUAUCCUCUCUUAUUAAGAAUGAUACAAGAAAGACUUUUAGCCCUUCUGGGAACUAUACAAAAACAGGAGAUGGUCAUCGAGAUUACACAGGAAGAGUAACUAGGCCUAUAAAGAUUGAUAAAACGCAUACUUCUGCCUCAGACAACCACGCUCAAAAGACUAAUAGUACCACUGAAACUCGCGCAGAAAGUAGGCCUAGUCCUAUCUUCUUCGGACGACAGGAUUCUCCAAGAAUAACUGAGGUUGGUAACAAUUCAUCUAAGAAUAGCAGCGUCAUUACUAGCCAGAGAAACUUCCAAACUCUCUCACAAUCAUCUUUCGGUUCACCAGAAAGCAAAAUCACUCGACGGAAAGCAAAGAAGAAGAAUGAGAAGAUGAACGUCAUUGAUGAAAAGCAUCCACUUUCACCACCAUUCUCCACAGAAGACCAAAACAGCGCAUUAGGCCGAACUGAAAGCGAUGCCACGACUUUCUUCCAGAGGGCCAAAACUCCCGAAAUCUCGGCGAGAGUGAUGUACGAGAUGAGAGCAUGGCUGCUCCGCGGUGUGAAUUCUUCCAACCCCUCUUGUGUGUGGCUCCGUCUUUGUCAGUCGCUGCAAGAAGAAGUAGAAGAAGAAGAAGCGAUGAGUUCUUGGGUAGCGUUGCUUGCAAGCUUCGUUGCCCAUCGGAAGGAGUCGGAGAGAUCAAACGAGAAAGGUGUUACUUUCGAAGACUUCUCCAAAAUGGCCCUGUCGAAACAGCAGUGUGGUCUGCUCUUUCCUCUCUGUUCUCCUUCUUCUUCGGCAGUUUAAUUCCUUUUCGAGGUAAGGCCGUUGUUAUAAGUCAAAAUGAGAGGUGUUUUAACACAGAAUAGGGUGAGUCUUCUUUCACCAGUAACUGUAAUUUCUCAUCUCUUACACACAGCCAUUAACCUAUAAUCUUACAAAUGACAAAGUGGGCAUUAUUCAUUCACGCGUCAGAAUCAUAAAGGGCUUUAAUUUUGACGUUUAUUGUGAUUUUAAGAAUAAACUAGCUCAGAUUGCUAGUGACUAAUGGCAGCUUGACGUUGGCACUUUGUGAGUUGCCAAAUGUUGCCUAGUGUUAGAACUGUGGUGACUUCAGCGCGUAACCAGGCACUUAUUACCCUACCAAAAGUAAGUUUUGUCUUUGUUCAGUUAUCAUUUAUAUUCCUGUCCACCAAU